GACGUAAAAAAAAGUUUCUGCAGUCAGUCUAUGUUUGAAUGUUGAAAAGUAAACAGUAAAAAGUAAAAUAAAAUGAAUAAAUUUGUUUUGUGUAUCGUGUUGCUUAAUGUGGCUAUGUUCGGUCCCGCUAGUACUGAUAACUUCAGUUGCACACCAAACGAAACAUAUAAAAAUGAUUGCAACACAUGCAUUUGCAGUAGUGAUGGCAAAACCGCAGCUUGCACUAUUAUGGCUUGUCUAUCUCCUGAUCAAGAUAAUUUGAUUUCCGGCAAUUCUCCAACCACAUCACCAUCUGUCGAUGAUGCGUCUGUGUCCACAACAAAUGAACCCGACGAAAUAAUAAAAAGCUCUUCCGAGAAUGCCGUUGAGAAUUUUGAAGAUAAUAAUCAAGUUUGCACACCGAACGACAUUAAAAUGCAGGAUUGUAAUCGAUGCAAGUGUGCAGCAAAUGGCAUUGGAUGGUUCUGUACGAAAAGAAUUUGUCCUAAAAAUGAUAGAAAGCGGGCAGUGAAAUCGCCGUUGACGCCUUGCAAACCUGGAGAUUCAUGGACGGAUAAUUGCAAUGCGUGUACCUGUGGUGAAAAUGGAAUGGCAGUGUGCAAAGUGAUUGCUUGCUUUGGCUUUGGUCAAAAUGAAUUAUUUUUGAGAAAGAAACGAUCGGAUGAUGGCAAAUGUGUUCCUGGCACAACAUGGGUUGAUGAUUGUAAUACCUGCUUUUGCACAGAGACAGGUAUCGGAGCUUGUACUCUUAAAGGAUGUUUAGGUAAAAGAUUUAAUCCUAAACCAGCCGUAAUUUCACCUCAUCGAGUCGUGACAUUAACUGAAUAUACUGAAGAAGGAUUUUCGUGUGAACCAUUAACACACUUUAAACUUGAAUGCAACAAUUGCAGAUGUGACAGUGAAGGGAAAAAGGCUGCUUGGUGUACAAAGAAGCGUUGCGUAACAACAAUGAGAAUUGUUUAUUUUGUGGCGACCACUUUCGUCAUCGCGGUUGCUUCGUGUGCUGCUUCCGAUGAGACGAAUUGUACGGAAGGAGAAUCCUUUAAAAAAGACUGCAAUACUUGUGUAUGUAGCGCAUCCGGAUUUCAUGCUUGCACAUUGAUGUUGUGUGUAGAUGAACAACAAGAAACUACCACACAACCAGCAGAAAUAGAACAUUCCGAGUCAACUCAAGCAAAUAAUCAAGUUUGCACUCCAAAUGAGAUUAAAAUGGAGGACUGUAACAGAUGUAAAUGUGCUGCAAAUGGCAUUGGUUGGUUUUGUACAAAACAGGCGUGUCCACCACUACAAGCGUCACCACAAAAGCAGCCGGUAAAUUCGCCAGGUUUCACAUGCAAACCAAAUGAACCUUUUAUGGAUGAUUGCAACUCUUGCACUUGUGAUUCAACUGGAACAUUAGCUCGAUGCACAGCUAUGGCUUGUCCACCAAAUGAACGUCAAAAACGAUCAGAAAUCGAGGCGGGUGGAAGUUCAAACAGUAUCGGUGCAAGUAAUGAUUGUGUGCCUGGAAGUACAUGGAAAAACAGUUGCAAUUUCUGUCGAUGCAGUCCAAAUGGUUUGGCGUUAUGUACACGACGAUAUUGUCCACCUGAACCAUCAUCAAUUGAUUCUUCAGCUUCACAAAACAAGUUCAGAAGACAGACUCAGAACACUAUCGAGAGUGUCUCAGGUGGCCAGUGCAUUCCCGGAGCGAAAUGGAUGGAUCAAUGCAAUCGAUGCUGGUGUUCUAAGAAUGGAUAUGCAGCUUGCACGAGAAUGUUCUGUCCCGGAAGUUCUCCUGUCAACAUCCCUUUGAAACCUGCACCUGGUUUUGGAAACGAGUUAAUCAAGUCCGGUGACAAUUCCAAUAAAUUAAUUUUUCGUAGAAAACGUGAAGCGAGUGAAAAAGCUUUAAACACUAAUAAGAAUCGUUGUGAACCUAAAACGUCUUGGAACGAUGAUUGCAAUCAUUGCUUUUGUUCAGAUAAUGGUAUAGCAAUUUGUACGUUAAUGGUUUGUAUCAAUACUGACACAACGUUUCAUGAAGCGAAGGACGUGAGAAUAGAUGAACAGGAAGUUAGGAAAUGUGAACCAGGUAAAAUAUGGAAGGAAGAUUGCAACAAAUGUCUCUGCUCAUUAAAAGGAAAAGUUCAGUGCACAACUCGAAACUGUGAAGGAGAAAGAAACAACAAGAAGCAAACUAAAAGGCAAUUAGGCGAGGGUGUACGAAAAAUUCCAUUUAAGAGUAAUGCAAAUAAAAAAUUGCAGACUCUUGAGACGUUGGAAGAUUCAUUAUCAGUGCCAUAUCAUCCACCAGGAACAGCUCAACGAACUGUCACAACAGAAGAACUUCUCGACCCAAAUUUUCAAUGUCAACCGUCGCUUUCAUUCAAAGUCGAAUGCAAUACUUGUUGGUGUGCUUCCAAUGGUAAAGAAGCUCGUUUUUGUACAAGAAUUGCUUGUAAACCUAAAACUUAUGCUCCUUUGGAUAAACAACAAUAAUGACCCGGGAUGAUUACUGUGAAGACAUACCAAAAUAAAUUCUUUUGAUGUAAGAAGUCCUUAAGCAGCUUGUUUUAUAAUAAAGGCACAAACCAGAUAUUUUCUGUCAUUAAA